UCGUUUCUAUACUGUGAGGCUUGUUCAAGCCCCGCCCUCCCUCCCUCCCCCCUUUCUCGUAAAGGUUGUGUCAACUCAGGGCUUCUAAUCCCAUCUUUUGGUGUUUUCAUUUCGCAGUGAUUCAUAACCAGUGAUGGAAAAAGUGUUCUCCAACUAAUCAGUGCCAGUGUAAAGUGAUUGUUGUUGACUGUAUCACAUUAGUGCAUGCGUGCAUAGAUAGCUUACAGUACAUAACCGUCGCUUCGAGCGAUGAACGAAGUGAAAAGAUGUUUUGCCACCAUCAAGGCUCAGGUGCCUGAGUGGUUCCCACAGAUUCCGGAAUUGACCAUACCAAGGCUUCAGGAUUGGAAUUUGCCUACUCUCCCACAAUGGAAUUUGACAAACCCUCAAGAAUGGAACUUACCUAGGCCACAGAAUUGGACCAUGCCGAGUCUGACAGAGUGGCAGCUGCCCAAUUUAUCAGAAUUGGGCAGAAAUGGUAGGGACCGCAUCUAUUCAUACAUGCCGAAUGUCAACAUUCCAUGCUGGUUUUAUCCUUCGUAUGUUCGGGGACGUGUCCGUGCCUUUGUCCUGAGGAUUUGGGUUGUUUUCAUUACUUUCUUGGCAGUCAAGGAAGGUGAUGUGCAAGAGGAGGACAUCAAGCACGAUGCUGCCCCAUCCACUGAGGAACUGGGUGAAGUCUAUACCGAAGAACGUACUGAAAAUCAGCGAAAAAUAUCGACAUUAGCUGAAGUUGAAGAAGAAGAAGAAGAGGAAGAAGAAGGAUGGCGAGAAGGCCUAGGGGAGAGGGGAGGGCUAGCACGUUACCCAGGAGUUGAGAACUUAUUGGCACAAUCUCCUCUGGCAGAGUUGCCAGUUCAUAGGCCAUCCCCCUUGACUGCUGGCAUAAGAGAAGUAAAUAAACAAGAUAGCGAAGAGAGUGAUAUUCCAGAAGUGGUAGAAGAACAGCAGUUAGUAGGACAGGUUUGCGAGGAAAAGGAUGAGCUGUGGAAAUCACUUCUUGCCAAAUAUGCUCUUGAUGAAGAAACCGCAAAGAAAAAGGCCUCACUGGAAGAGGAAGAAGAAGUUCCUGAAUUUGUUGGCACAGCAGAAGAAAUUGUGGAAAGAUAUGCAGCAAAGUUUGAAUCAGAGGAGCCAGCAGAUGAAAUUGAUGCUGAUGGACGAGAGGUGUCAGCGGAAGAAUUUACUGCUAAAGUUGGAAAACGACUGGAAGAGUACCUUUCAAGGCUUGAGGAAGAUGAGGAGGAAUCCCCUGCUGCAGAUGACCUAACCACAUAUGAAGUUAAAGACAUUGAAGAGGAAGUUGCUGAAACAGCUCAAGAUUUUGAGGAAACAGUUGAUGCUGAGCAAGCAGACUCUGCAAGUAAAGAGAAUAGUCAUGUAUUUAUUGUUAUUGAAGAUGACGAAGCAAAAAGCGAGAAAGUGGAUGAUUCACUUGUAAGAGAUGAACUUGAUAACAAGGAAACAGAAGCAGUGGCAUUCGAUGUUAGGGAAGAGGAAGAGUAUAUUAGUGCUUUAAAUGAGCCUGAAGUACAAAGGAGGGAACAUGUUGAUUCUCAGGCAAAGCCAUCAGGUGUUACAGUCAGACUUAGUGGAAUAGUUAUAGAAGAAGAAGUUGAGGAAUCAUCAGGAGCAGAUACAGAAUCUUCGACGGAUGCCAAAAAAGUACAGCGUUUGCUUGAAAGACAGGGCCAUGAUGAAGAUGUUACUCAGCAAGACAGUGCUGAGGAGAUUUUGGCCCACAUUAUUGAUGAAAAUGCCCAGAAUGAUCUUGAAGAAAAGAUAGUGAAAGAAACAUCUGUUGAAAAAGAACUAGGUAUAGAUAAAGUAGAAGAAACCUUUGCCGAAAAAGAACUUGUAGAAGAUAAAGUAGAAGAAAUCUUUGUUGAAAAAGAACUUGCUGAAUAUGAAGUAGAAGAAAAAGAACCUGCUGAAGAUGAAGUAGAAGAUAUGCAUAAGGAAAGUAUAAAUGUUGAUAUGUGUGAAGGCCAUUCAGAAGAUAUUGUUUUAAUGGAUAGCAAUGAACUAUCUAAGGAAGAAAUUCAGGAUAGUGCAGGUGAAGAGUUGUUAAAAGGAACUACUUCAGAAGAAAUUCAUGCAGUGGGUGAUUUGACGAGUGAGUCUCUAGAGGUGUCUGCAGAGCUUCAAGAUGAGCAUGAACUAAAGGAAAUGGAAACUUCCAUUGAAAAACCAAUUGAAGCUCAUAUGACAGAUGUGACCAAGGAAAUAAUUCCCACAGAUGAAGAAGAGAGCAUUUUUGCCAAAGAAGAGAUAGCAGGCAAUGAAAAAGUGGAAUUAUGUGAAGAGAAAAUUGAAGUAUCUACAGAGGCUACUGGAGAUGUUAAUGUAGAAAAAGGAAUAAAUGAAGGUGAGGUUGCUGAUGUUAGUGAAACUAGAGAUUCUGAAAAUGUUGAUUUAAUUGGAAAUGUGCCUAUAUCCAAUGAUGUAACAACUGUUCCUUUGGCACAGAACCUUGAACAGGUGGAUGGUGAUCACUUUGGUUUACAGCUUUCAAAGGAAAUAAGUGAACCUACUGAAGAAACAGUCACUGAAGAUUCAAGUAAUCAACAGCCUGAUGUGAUAAAGGAUUCAAACGAAAACAAAAGUGGUUUUUGGAACUGGUGGCAAUCGGGUGACAAGGAAAAAGAUGCAUCUAAAGAUGUCAGAGAUCAGGCCUCUGCUGAUGACAAGAAAGAUGAUAAGGUCACAGAUAGUCCAAAAGGGAGGUUUUGGACCAGGUGGACAGCAUCUGAUAAGGAAACAGAUGUUCCAAAAGAUGAGAAGAGUGUUUCUGCUGAUGAGAAAGUGGAAGACAAAACUUCUGAUGGCACCUCAGGUGGUUUUUGGAGUCGAUGGAAGACAGGUGAUAAAGACAAAGAUGCAGGUAAAGUUGAAGAAUGUAGCGAGGAAGCUGUUGCCAAGGAAGAGGGCACAAAGGCUACUGAGGAGACCACAGGAAGAUUCUGGAGCAAGUGGGUGACAGGUGACAAGGUAACCAUUGAUAAGGAAGUUCAUGAAGAAGAUAGCAAGGCAACUGGUUAUAGCAGUUUUUGGCGCAGAAAAGAUACUAGUGACAAAGAAAAGGAUGAUAAUAAACAAAUGGAAGAAACAGUAAAAGACGACACUGCUAAAGUUGACACAGAAGACGUUGAAAGAGAUGAUGCUGAAAAACUCGUAUCUGAAUUGCAAAUAGAAGAAAAGUUAGAAGAAAUUGUAAAAGAUGACAUUGCAAAAGUUGAUACAGAUGAUGCUGAAAAACUUGCAUGUGAAUUGCAAAUGGAAGAGACAGUAGAAGAUGACACUACAAAAGUUGACACAGAUGAUGCUGAAAAAUAUGAGGCAGAAAAACUUGUAUCUGAGUUGCAAAUGGAAGAAAAAAUAGAAGAAACGGUAAAAGAUGACACAGCAAAAGUUGACACAGAUGAUGCUGAAAAACUUGCAUCUGAAUUGCAAAUGGAAGAAAAAAUGGAAGAAACAGUAGAAGAUGUCACUGUAAAUGUUGACACAGAUGAUGCUGAAAAACUUGCAUCUGAAUUGCAAAUGGAAGAAAAAAUGGAAGAAACAGUAGAAGAUGUCACUGUAAAAGUUGACACAGAUGAUGCUGAAAAAGAUGAUGCUGAAAAACUCGCAUCUGAAUGGCAAAUGGAAGAAAAAAUAGCAGAAACGGUAAAAGAUGACACUGAAAAAGAUGACACUGCAAAAGUUGACGCAGAUGCCGCUGAAAAAGAUGAUGCUGAAAAACUUGCAUCUGAAUUGCAAAUGGAAGAAAAAAUAGCAGAAACAGUAAAAGAUGACACUGAAAAAGAUGACACUGCAAAAGUUGACACAGAUGCCGCUGAAAAAGAUGAUGCUGAAAAUCUCGCAUCUGAAUUGCAAAGUGUGAAAGAUGGUGAAAUAACUGUUGAUGAUUUCUCAAGCAGGCAGGGUGAAGAUGUAAAGGACAGUUCUGAAGUUGUUGAAGUUUUCAGUGAAACUGUUAACAAAACUGAAGAAGAGACAACUACUGAAGUUUCCCUAAACAAUGUCCUGACUUAUGAGGAAGGCAAACAAGAAAUGGAUGAAGAGCUAAUUUCUGACUCAGCAAGCAAAUUCUUAUCUGCCAAUGAGGUAGUCAUUGAAAAAGAUGACAUGCAGCAGGAGAAACUGGGCGAUGACUCUACAGGUGGUAUUUUGAAAAAACUGAGAAUAGAUGAAGAGGCAAAUGACACUGAAAUCACAGAGGUAAAGAGUGAGUUAGUUGCUGAAGAAAGCGAAAUUACAGAUGAUGUGAAAAGUUUUGUUAAAAGUGAUGAGACUGUGGACAAGGAAGAAGAUGCACAUAAGGUUCCUGAGGAUGUUGUCAGCAAACCUCCUGUUUUAGAUGAUGAUUCCUCGAUCAGCUUUUGGGAUCAAUGGAAGGCAAGUGAAAAGGAAACACCUGAAGAUGUUGCCGAAGUAGCUAGUGAACAUACUUAUGAGCAAGAAGUGAAAGUUCCUGAUGAUUCUAUAAGUGGUACGUGGCAGAUGGAGGAGAAAGAGAAAGAUAUUCAGGAAAGAGACCAGGUAGUAAGUGAACAGGCUGACAGUUCAAAAGUUAAAUAUGAUGAUGAUGCAAACAGUUUUUGGGAUUAUUGGAGAGCAGAUGGUAAGGGAAAACAUACUGAAACUACAGUGGACUCUACAGGUGAUGUUUGUAACCAAAUGGAGAGCAGUGAUCAAGAAAAGAUUGAUCAAGAAACAGCUGCUGUAACUGAUGAGCCACAGGUAGAAGCACAGACAGAGGCCUUAGUAGAUGAUGUUCUGUCAGACAACAUGAGGACGUGGAAAAGUCCAAGACGUGAAUUUGAUGAGUCCUCCGAUGUUAAAGAUAUUAUUCCAGCUGAAGUCAGUGAACUGUCAGAAGGCCAGCCAGAAGAUAAAGAUAUGCCUGAAGCUGACCCAACUUUAGAUGUUGCUUGGACAAAGGAUGAAGAUAUGAAAGAUGAUAUUGCUUUUAAUGUGGAUGAUGAUAUUAAAAAUUUCGGCAUAGCUGACAGAACUGCAGCUGAGAUUGAAGCAGCCUUUAAAGAACAGUUUGACUCCAUGGAAGAGGAAGAAGAAGAGGUAAUGGAGAUAGAAGACCAAGAUAUAUUAGCGGGUGGUGAGUUACACAUGGAGGAAGAUCUUAAUGGUUAUUAUGCUGAAGGUGAAGAUGCCAUGGAAGCUAAUCAUAGUAUACCAUCCAGCCCGGUUAUGCCAGUCGAAGAAGCGGAAGACUAUUUAGAAGAAGUGAAUGAUUUACUAGUAAGACGAGCAAGUAAGCGACCUGAGUGGUUGGAUGAACCAGAGGAAAUGCAAGGGGUCGUUCCUGAUAACCCACUUUUGGCCAAGUAUUUGGCAAUGCCAGCUUCACUUACUGAAGAAGAAGAAGUGGAGUUACGAGCCUUUCUUGCUGAAAAUGAAGGUGCUGACGACAUUGACAUUGCACAUUUUAUGGGUCUGCCUCAUGGCUUGACAGAGCAGGAAGAGAAAGAAUACACAGAGGCAAUAGAGGAGCGUGAGCGUAUCAGACAACAAGAGCGCCAGGGACUUGAAAAGUUCAUGUCAAUGCCACCAGAGUUAACCGAACAAGAAAAACAAGAACUUUUAGAAAUAGAAGCCGAAGAACAAGAGCAUGCAGAACAGCCUUGGGAAGCAGGUGAUGCUCAGCUGGAAGACUACAUGAGCAUGCCAUCUGCACUCACAGAAGAAGAAAAGAGACUGUUAGAGGAAGGGGGUUUGGACGAAGAUGUUGAGUUCGAAGAUGAGGAACAGUACCGCCAGUAUAUUAAAGAAAAAUUCCUUCAGCAGUUGGAGGAUGAAGCGUACUGCAUGGCCGGGGAAGAGGGUGAGUAUGAUUAUGAGGAUGAUUAUGAGGAAGAGUAUGAAUAUGAAGAGGAAGAAUAUGAUGAUGAGGGUGAAAUGGAGGGUGAAUAUGUGAUGGUUGAGGAUGAUGCACAAGGAAAGGAAGGUACUGCAGCAGGGGCUAGUAGUAUGGUAGAUGAAGGGGUUAAUACAGAAUCUGGUAGUAAUGCUACUGCAGAAAAGAAAUUGGGCAAAAAAUUAUUUUCCUUUGGAAAGAAAAAUGAUAAAGAGGAAACAGAACCAGAAGGGGCAACUUCUCAGCCGAAGAAGUUUUUUCACUUCGGAGGCCUUGGAGCCAAAAAGAAAAAGGAGACACCUAAAGAUGAUGAUGAUGAUUCUCCACCCAGUAAAAAGCGUGGUGGAAGUGGAGGUUCUUUGUCUGCUCAUUUUUGCACCAUCACUGAUAGAGUGAGAGAUCAUCUAGUGGAACACCUCUCAUUGAAAUCCUUAGGCAAUAAGAGCAAAAUACCUGUUAGGAUCCCAGGAAAGACUGAUAUCACUUUGAGUGAAAGAGUAUCUAAAUCUUUCCCUCUACACAAGAGUAAACUACCAAUAGCCAUAAAGACAGUAGACAUUCUUCGAGAGUUGGAUAACAAAUUACAUAUUAGGAGUUUAGGUAUCAGAUCAAGUAGUGGAAGUAGUAGUGAUAGCAAAUCUCAAAGAAGUCCAGAUGAGAAACUGUCUAUUGAAAUGAUAAUGUCACAACAUUUUGCUGUAAAAUCUGCCAGUAUGAAAGACACAUAUAGUGGUGCGAUACUAACAAAAACUUAUCCAGUGGUAACAGAAAAGUUAGAGGUGUCACAGUGGGACUUUACCAGUGAGCCUGUAAAAGAUGACAUUGGAGAUGCCCAUGAUCUUGAGAUUCCUGAAAUAUUGGUUGGGGAAGGGGAUGAAGAUAUAGACAAUGAGGUAGCUAGUGUAUUCAGUCAAGAAAUUGAUGUGGAGGACUUCCCAGCAGACACCUGCCCAGAGGGUGUACAGCCUUUGAAAGGUGGUGGUAGCCCCUAUCAGGGAGAAGUAGAUUUUUGGCGUCAGUGGAGGAAUGAGGAACAGGGAAGUGUAACUGCUGUUCGAGAUUCUGCUUCUCCUUGGGAACUUAGAGUUGAGGAGAGUAGUCCUUCAAUUUAUGAAAGGAAGAGUAGUCCAAGUGGAGCAGGAGGAGAGGAGGGCAACAAUGAAGGAAGGGGAGAUGAAGUUCAAGAUAUUGAAAGAUUGAAGUUUGUAGAAAUAAUAGGAAUGAUGGUAGACGAGAAUGUUGAAGUUUUAUCAAAGGAUAACACAGUAGUUGAUGAACACAAAUGGGAUGACAAUGCUAGCAAGGGGCUUGCAUAUGAAGAUUCAAAAUAUAGAACAAACACUUCACACAUAGAUGGAGAGGGAGUUGAAAGUAAUGAAAGUAUUAGGAUUCCAUGCUCUGGAAUAAAUGGGGUAGAAGACCAAGAGAAUAAAGCGGGAGAAAUGACUUAUGGAAGCAAAGAAACAAAUGCAGAAGAGGAACAGUUUUCUGAAGGUGAUGGACUCAGCUAUGACCAAGAAAGAGUACAAGAAAGUGGAGGCCCCUUGGAGGAAGAAAAAAAAACUUCGUCUAAAAAAAAACUCGAAGCAAAUGAAAUAUUGCCUGAAAAUGAAUUAGAAUAUGAGAUAACAACUGGGGUUAGGGAAGAAUCUGAGGAAAGCAAAAGAUAUUUUGGAAUGAAGGACUUAACUGAAAGCAAAAAAUACCUUGGGGAUACUGGGACAGGUUCUGACAGGAAGGAUUUGGGAGAAAGCACAGAUAUAUUUAGCAAACUAAAGUCAUCUGAAGAAGAAGGGCGUUCAGCUUCCAAAAUAUUUGGCAAUAUCAAACAAAUUCAUGAAAGUGUGGGGUCCAUAGAAAUCCCAGAAAUGUCAGAGGGAGAAAAAAAAACUCCGAUUGAAAUUGAGCAAUUAGGGAAAUAUGACUGGACAAGUAGCAGUGAGUUAUUUUCUGUAAAGGACAAGGGGACUGAAUAUGAAAAUGUGUUUUACCCUCUAGCACUAGAAGACAGAAACACAUCUGUAAAGGAAAGGAGUUCCUUUGAAGACUGUCUUGAUAUAAAAAAAAACUUCGAUGGAGGAAUUACAAAACAUGAUGCAAAAAUCAGUUUAGAGAUAAUCAAAGCUUCCACCAGUGCUGUAGAAAGAACAGAACCCCAAGAAGGCGAUAUGCAGUACGAAAGUAAUGAGCUACAAAGAUACAAAGAAUACCACAAACUAGUAACUUUGCAAGAAAUUGAACUGUAUGAUAUUGAACAUGAUGAUGAAGUCGAGAACACCUGUAAUGGUGGAAGUGAAGAACAUGGAGAAAUGUUACCUAGCUACAAAGAUUUCAUUUUGAAAAAGGAAGCACAAGAAGGAAACAAAGAAUCAUCAAAGGAAGAAGAGUUAUCUGAUGAGAAGAAAACUGAUGAGAUUGUAAAUGUAUCAGUAGAAGUAGCAAGAUUAUUGGAUAAUGAAAUAAAUGUGGUUGAGGCACCAGAUUAUAUGAAGGGGUCAACCUUCAUGGAUCACUUUUUGUUGGAGGUCGAUGGACCCUCCAUACAAGUGCAGAGUUGUGGAAGACCAUUCAGUAAAAAGGAAACAUUUGAAAGAUUUGGAAGCCAUUUUGAAGGUAGGGAAAUCAUUCGAGGUGAUACAUUAGGUGUAAAAGAAAACUUAAUUGGAAACUGUGAGUUAGCCAGGUGUGAUGAUAUCACCGAAUGGGGAAAACCUGCCACUGUAGAAAGUACCUUGAAUUUAUUGGAAGAUCUGAGUGGAGACAAAAGUUUUGAUGAGCAGACUAAAAAAUCAGAGAAUACCAAAAGGGUUGGUGAUAGUAUUGAAUUAGAGAAAGCUGAAAACUUAAAGGACCUGGAAGAGAAUGCACAUAAUCUGGUAAGUGUCAGUGAAUAUUCAGAAGAAACUGACAAGAAUCUUUGGGAAUACAAACACAAUGAAACUGAAAGCUCCGAUGAAUCUCAAAAGAAUGGUGUAAAAAUGGAGUCAGUUAAGUCAGGGUUAGCAGAGGACUUAGGGGGGAAUCUAGAAGGAAGUGAGCAAGAUAAUGAACAUUCAGAACAGAUGGUUGGAAGUCUCGAAACUGAUGAUUCAGGAGAGACUGAAAAGUCUGAAGUGCAGGAGUCAAGUCUUAAAACAGAUGAAACAAAGGAAACAAGUGAGUCAGAUUUGGUAGAGGAUUCUGAAAAAGAUGAUACGAAGACUGAAGAGUCAGAUUUGGAAGGCAGUCUUGAAAAAGAGAUUCCCCAUGAUUUGGGAGACAAUCUGAAAAUAGUUAAUAUCCAUGAAACUGAAGAGCUUGAUUUGGAAGAUGUUCAUGAGAAAGGUGAUCUAGAAGAAACUAAAAAAUCAGUGAUGAAGGAAGAAAUUGGUUUAACAUUUGCAGAGAAACAUCAGUGGCUUCAACAGACUUUGAGUGGUAGCAAAGAAUCCUCAGACGAGGAAGAUAGGAGCUAUGGAAAUCAGGAAUUAGAAGAAAUAAGAAAACUGUCUAAAGAAAUACAGAAGAGUCAUCAAAGUAAUACAUCUGGCGAAAGUGUUGUUAUACCCGAAAUGAAAGAAGAAUAUCUGGAUAAAGAAGUAUUAGAAAUUACUGAUGACUAUUUGGAGUUAAAAGGAGCAGUUGUCUUGGAAGAAUCAGAGGAAUCAUCCAUAGCUAAAGAAGAUCAUGAAACAGAGGAAUUGGAUAGUUUUGAUAGAGGCAUUGUAGGAAUUAAUGGCUAUUUGGAGGCAGAAGAAGUGGUAUUAAGAAGUUAUACAAUGGGAGAAAGUGUUAUAAAAACUGAGCUAGAUAAUGAUAAUGUAGAAUCAACAAUGGAAGAAAGUGUUAUAAAAACUGAGCUAGAUAAUGUUAAUGUAGAAACAACAAUGGAAGAAAGUAUUAUACCAACUGAGCUAGAUAAUGUUAAUGUAGAAACAGAUGUAUUAGAUGUGCUUGAAGAAACAUCCAGAUUCAGAGAGCCAAUUCAGGAAUCAGAAGAAUUAAAUGAGACGGGCGACUCUUCCAUCAAAGAUAAGGGGAGCCCUAUCACCGGGAAUUUAAGCAAUUCUUUAAAACUAGAAGACCCUAAUGAACGAGAAUUAAAUGAAUCAGCAGAAGUUUCAGAAAAAUCAGAGGCAAGUUUAGAAUUAGACCAGGAAACUGCAAGUGACUUAAUAUCGGAACUAAAUGAGGGAUAUCUUGUAAGGAGUGAGGAAAAGGGAAAUGAAGAAACUUCUGACAAGGAAAAGGAUGAUCUAGAAGGUUCAGAUGAAACGGAAGAAUCAUCCAUAAGGAUAGAAGGAGAGUUUAGUGAUGAAACACCUGAAGAAAAAGAAGUUUCAGAAGUAACAGAGGGAAGUGUAGAACCAGAGCUAGUAGCUGAAAGUGAAUUAAUAUCUGAACUAAGGGAGCAAGAUUUUGUAAUGGAUGACGACAAUGGAAAUGAAGAAACACAUGACAAGGAAAAUGAGGCUCUUGCUACAGAAGGCUCAGGCGAAGUAGAGGAACCAUCGAGGAUAGAUGAAGAGGUUCAUGAUGAAGCACAUGAAGACAAAGAAGUUUCAGAAGUAACAAAAGGAAGUUCAGAACGUUCAGAAGUAACAGAGGAAAGUUUAGAAGAAGACCCAGUAGCUGAAAGUAAAUUAACAUCAGAACUAAAUAACGUGGAUCUUCUAAUGGAUGAAGGUAAUGGAAGUGAAGACACAUUUGACAAGGAAAAUAAUGUUCUUGCUGUAGAAGGCUCAGAUGAAUCGGAGAAAUCAUCCACAGGGGCAGAAGAGUUGCAUGAGGAGUCAUCCAUAGUGAAAGAAGAAUUCCUUGAAGGAACAUCAUAUAAUCCUGAUGGAACAGCGGAAGAUGAAGGUUUUUCAGUGGAACGUUUAGAACAAGACCCAGGAGCUGAAAGUGAAUUGACAUUUGAGCUGAAUGAGCAAGAUCUUGUAAUGGAUGAGGACAACGGAAAACAGGAAACAUCUGACAAGCAAGAUUAUAGUCUUGCUGCAGAAGACUCAGAUGAAACGGAAUUAACAUCCAUAAGGUUAGAAGAGGUUCAUGGCGAAACACACAAAGAAAAAGUUGUUUCGGACAUAACAGAGGAAAGUUUAGAACAAGACCCAGUAGCUGAAAGUGAAUUGAUAUCUCAACUAAAGGAGAUGAAUCUUGUAAUGGAUGAGGGCAAUGGAGAUGAAGAAUCAUAUGGCAAGGAAAGUGAUUCUCUUGCAGCCGGAGGCUCAGACAAAGUGGAAGAAUCAUCCAGAAGGAUAGAUGAAAAGUUCCAUGAUGAAACACUUGGAGAAAAAGACGUUUCAGAAAUAACAGAGGAACGUUUAGAAGAAGACCCAGUAGCUGAAAGUAAAUUAACAUCAGAACUAAGUGAGCUAGAUCUUUUAAUGAAUGAAGGUAAUGGAAGUGGAGAGCCAUCUGACGAGGAAAAUAAUGUUUUUGCUGCAGAAGGGUCAGAUGAAACAGAGAAAUCAUCAACGGGGACAGAAGAGUUUAAUGAGGAGUCAUCCAUAGGGAAAGGAGAAUUUCUUGAGGGAAUAUUAUAUAAUCCUGAUGAGAUGGCUGAAGAAGAAAACAUUUUAGUGGAAAGUUUAAGACGAGAUACAGUAGCUGAAAGUAAAUUGAUAUCUGAGUUAAAUGAGCUAGAACUUUUAACGGAUGAGGACAAUGGAAAGGAAGAAACGCCUGACAAGGAAAAUUAUGAUCUAUCAUCAGGAGGCUCAGACGAAGUGGAUGAAUCAUCCAGAGGGAUAAAUGAAGACUUUCAUGAUAAAGCACUUGAGGAAAGUCUAGAGCAAGAGCUGGUUGCUAAAAGUGAAUUGAUAUUUGAGCUAAAUGAGCAAGAUCUUGUAAGAGAUGAGGACAAAGGAAAACAGGGAACAUCUGACACCCAAGAUUAUAGUCUUGCCACAGAAGAAUCAGAUGAAACAGAAGAAUCAUCCAUAAGGAUAGAAGAGGUUCAUGAUGAAAUACCUGAAGAAAAAGAAGUUUCAGAAGCAACAGAAGAAAGUCUAGAACCAGAGCUAGUAGCUGAAAAUGAAUUAGUAUCUGAACUAAGGGAGCAAGAUCUUGUAAUGGAUGAGGAUAAUGGAAAGCAGGGAACAUCUGACAAGGAAGAUUAUAGUCUUGCUGCAGAAGAAUCAGAUGAAAUACCCGAAGAAAGAGAAGUUUCAGAAGUAGCAGAAGAAAGUCUAGAACCAGAGCUAGUAGCUGAAAAUGAAUUAAUAUCUGAACUAAGGGAGCAAGAUUUUGUAAUGGAUGACGACAAUGGAAAUGAAGAAACAUAUGACAAGGAAAAUGAGGCCCUUGCUACAGAAGGUUCAGGCGAAGUAGAGGAACCAUCGAGGAUAGGUGAAGAGGUUCAUGAUGAAGCACAUGAAGACAAAGAAGUUUCAGAAGUAACAGAAGGAAGUUCAGAAGUAACAGAGGAAAGUUUAGAAGAAGACCCAGUAGCUGAAAGUAAAUUAACAUCAGAACUAAAUAACGUAGAUCUUCUAAUGGAUGAUAGUAAUGGAAGUGAAGACACAUUUGACAAGGAAAAUAAUGUUCUUGCUGCAGAAGGCUCAGAUGAAUCAGAGAAAUCAUCCACAGGGGCAGAAGAGUUGCAUGAGGAGUCAUCCAUAGUGAAAGAAGAAUUCCUUGAAGGAACAUCAUAUAAUCCUGAUGGAACAGCGGAAGAUGAAGGUUUUUCAGUGGAACAUUUAGAACAAGACCCAGGAGCUGAAAGUGAAUUGACAUUUGAGCUAAAUGAGCAAGAUCUUGUAAUGGAUGAGGACAACGGAAAACAGGAAACAUCUGACAAGCAAGAUUAUAGUCUUGCUGCAGAAGACUCGGAUGAAAUAGAGGAAUCAUCCAUAAGGAUAGAAGAGAUUCAUGAUGAAAUACCCAAAGGUAAAGGAGUUUCAGAAGUAACAGAGGAAAGUUUGGAACAAGACUCAGUAGCUGAAAGUGAAUUGAUGUCUCGACUAAAGGAGAUGAAUCUUUUAAUGGAUGAGAAUGAUGGAAAAGAAGGAACAUCAGACAGAGAAAAUGAUGCGCUUGCUGUAGAGGGCUCAGUUGAAGAAGGGGAAUCAUCCAGAAGGAUAGAUGAAGUGGAUCAUGAUGAAACACUUGAAGAAAAAGAAGUUCCAGAAGUAACAGAGGAACAUCUAGAACAACACCCAAUAGCUGGAAGUGAAUUAAUGUCUGAACUAAGGGAGCUAGACCUCGCAAGGGAUGAGGAAAAUGGAAAUGAGAAAUCUUCAGACAAGGAAAAUGAUGGGCUUGAUGCAGAAAGUUCAGGUGAAACAGAGGAAUCAUCUACAGGAACAGAAGAAGAGUUUCAUGAGGGAAUGUUAUAUAAUCUAGAUGAAACACCAGAAGAAAAAGAUAUUAAUCUCAAAAGAGAAGAAUUUGAUAGCUUUGAGAAAUUACAUGAUGUAAAAGGGGGUGGUUAUAAUGGAGAAUCCUUAUUGGAGAUGGAAGUAGGUCUUGAAACAGGGGAACUCUUUUUGGGAAAGGAAAUUAAAGAAGAGCAAUAUGAGAUUGUAGGUACAUCAGACGAGAAAGAAACAGGCAAUAUUAAAGAUCGGUUGCUGGAGGAGGAGGAGGAAGAGGAGGAGCUGUCUGAGGGGAGUGUAAGUAUCCCCAAAGAAGGGGAGGUAAUUAAUAGUGGUAGGUAUUCUCAAGAUGAAAAUCUGGAAGGUGAGAAAAUAGAUGAAGACAUAUCUGAAUCUAAAGAAGUAAGCCUUGAAAAGGAUCAAGUAGGUAGGAAAGCAGAAAUGUAUGUUGAAUGUGAAGUCAGUGAUGUAGUGAUAAAGACUUCUGAAAUAGAAGAACAACGCUUUUUAGAAGAGGAAUCGUACAUAAUUAAUGAAACAUCUGGAAUCAGUUGUGAUUUUGAUGAAAUCAAAGAAACUGAAGGGCUGCUGCAAAUGGAAGUGAGAACCGAAGGUGAAAACGUUACAGAUUCUGAGAAGGAUGAUUCAUCUUCUGGAACGCAGGAGACAUCAUAUAUGCAAGAAGCAUUUUCUGAAAAAGAGAAUUCAAGUGAAGAUGAAAUAUCUGAAGAAAAGAAUGAUAGAAAUGAAGAUGAAAAUUCAUCGGCCAGGGAAGACCAAUUUGAAGUAAAGGGUCUAUUUCAUGAAAGCAAAGCAUUUGACGAACAUUCAGGUCAAGAUAAUGGAGAAUCUGAAGUAAAUGAAAGUCCUGAAGUAAAGGAAAUAUGUUCUGAAAAGGAAUAUUCAUAUGUUGCUGCAGAAACGUCUGAAGUAAAACACUUUUUGGAAAGUUCAGUUAAGUGUGAAACUGAGGAAAGAUCUGAAUUAAUGGAAAAAGCUUCGGAAAAUGGGGAUCCAUCCGUGAUAGAAGAAAUAUCUGGAAUUGAAGAACCCUCUAAAAGUGCAAGUAAAUGUGACUCAGAAGAAAAGUCUGGCCAGAAGGAGGAGAGUCGUGACUCACAAGAAUCCCAGGAAGAUGAAGUGUAUUUUGACACUGAGGAAGAAUCUGUCUCUGAAUGGAAAUCAGGAACUGAGGAAAAAUCUCAUGCUAGGAAGAGUCUUUGUCUGGAGACAUCCUAUGAGAUUGAAGAAAUGUCAGAAGAUGAUGGGAAAUCGGAAAUGGGAGAAAGAUCUGACUUGAAGGAAAUAUUAGCGGAACAAGAGCACUCGGCUGUGAUUGAAGAAAUGUCUGAAAAUGACGAUAGUUUCCAUUCUGAAACUGGAGAUAUUUCUGAAGUAAAAGAAAUAUUGGCUGAAGAGGAGAAUUCGGCAAUGGUUGAAGAACUGUCUGAAAAUGAUGAUAGUUUUCAUUCUGAAACGGGAGAAAAAUCUGAAAUUCAAGAAAUAGUGGCUGAGAAGGAGAAUUCAGCAGUGAUAGAGGAAUUGUCUGAAAAUGAAGACAGUUUUCAGUCUGAAACUGGAGAAAAAUCUGAAGUUCAAGAAAUAUUGGCUGAAAAGGAGAGUUCAGGUGUGAUAGAGGAAUUGUCUGAAAAUGAAGACAGUUUUCAGUCUGAAACUGGAGAAAAAUCUGAAAUUCAAGAAAUAUUGGCUGAAAAGGAGAGUUCAGGUGUGAUAGAGGAAUUGUCUGAUAAUGAAGACAGUUUUCAGUCUGAAACUGGAGAAAAAUCUGAAAUUCAAGAAAUAUUGGCUGAAAAGGAGAGUUCAGGUGUGAUAGAGGAAUUGUCUGAAAAUGAAAACAGUUUUCAGUCUGAAACUGGAGAAAAAUUUGAAAUUCAAGAAAUAGCAGCUGAGAAGGAGAAUUCAGCAGUGAUAGAGGAAUUGUCUGAUAAUGAAGUCAGUUUUCAGUCUGAAACUGGAGAAAAAUCUGAAAUUCAAGAAAUAUUGGCUGAAAAGGAGAGUUCAGGUGUGAUAGAGGAAUUGUCCGAUAAUGAAUACAGUUUUUCAGAAAUAUUGGCUGAAAAGGAGAGUUCAGGUGUGAUAGAGGAAUUGUCUGAAAAUGAAGACAGUUUUCAGUCUGAAACUGGAGAAAAAUCUGAAAUUCAAGAAAUAGCAGCUGAGAAGGAGAAUUCAGCAGUGAUAGAGGAAUUGUCUGAUAAUGAAGACAGCUUUCAGUCUGAGACCGAAGAUAAAUCAGAUUUAAAGGAAGUAAUUACUGAAGACACCUUAGCCUUGAUUGAAGAAAUAUCUGAAAAUGAAGAUAGUUUUAAAUCUGAAUCUGGAGAAAAAUCUGAAGUAAAAGAAAUAUUUGAUGACGAGAAUAAUUCAGCUCGGAUUGGAGAAGCUUCUGAAAAUGAAGAUAGUUUUAAAUCUGAAUCUGGAGAAAAAUCUGAAGUAAAAGAAACAUUUGUUGACGAGAAUAAUUCAGCUCUGAUUGGAGAUGCUUCUGAAAAUGAAGAUAGUUUUAAAUCUGAUGCUGAAGACAAAUCCGAAUUAAAGAAGAUACUUGCUGAAAAUAACUUAGGAUUGGUUGAGAAUAUAUCUGAAAACGAGGAAAGUUUUAAAAGUGAAGGAAAAGAUGAUGACAGUGAAGAGAAAUCGGAAGUAAGAGAUGCCUCCCUUGAAGUGCAGACAACUGAUGAAGAUGAGAUUUAUUUUGAUACAGAGGAAGAAUCCGUCUCUGACUGGAGAUCUAGAACAGAAUUGUCACAUGGUGAAGAUAAAUGCCACAUAGAAAAAGCUGAUACUGAAAGAGAUAAAAUAAUCUUUCCAGAGGAAAGAUCUGGUGCAGACGAGAUUGUACUCUCAGGCAGAGAGCAAGCUAAAGAUGUGGAAACAGCUAGUCAAGAUGAAAAAUCUGAAAAGGCGAAAUCCUUGGCUACUGAUGACAUAUCCAAAACUGAAGAAAUGUUUGAAAUGGAGGAAGAAAAGUCUGAAACUGAAGUACGAAUCGAAAUGGAUGGCAGUCUUGAAAAGAAAAUGUCUGCUGGGGCUGACGGCAAGUCUGAAACGGAGGAAAAACACGAAACAGACAGCUCCUCACUUGAAACACAGAAAUCUUUCGACAGUGAGGAAAAAUUAAAGUGUGGAGAAAUGCCUGAUAAAAGAGUGAUAACCGUUGAGAGGAAAAAGUUAGUUGAAACUGAAGAUCUAUAUGAAAUAGAGGGUAUUGAUGGUGAAAGGGUCACCCUUUCCGGAGCCAAAGGGAAAAAUGAAGUAGAUGAAUAUGAGGAGAUUGAGGAAACAUCUGAAAUUAGAGAAUUAUCCGGAAUAGGUGAACCUGAUAUUGAAGAGAAAUUUUCAGUAUUAAGAGAAGUGUCAGACACUGAAGAUGAAUAUGACAGUGAAGAGACCUCAGAUAUGAAAGAUAGUCCUGAACAGGAAGGCUCCCUUGAAAAUGAAGAAGAGUCUGAAAAUAAAGAAAUAUUUGAAAUUGAAGAUAUAUCUCUUGGAAAGGAGACAUCCAUAGUUGAAGAAUUAUGUACAGCUGAAGAAAGCUCAGAAAGAGAAGGUAGUCCUUUAGAGGAGGAAUUUUUAGAGACAGAAGAAAUAUUAGAGUGUGAUGGAGUACCAGAAACACAAAAUAUAGAGUUUGGAAAGUUUUCAGAAACUCAAGGAAAAUCUAAAUUUGAUGAUAGAACUGAAACAGCGGAGAUGCCUUCUACAUCGGACGGAACAGAGGGAUCAAACAAAGACUAUUCAGCAGAGGAAAGAUAUGAAAUUGAUGAGAGUGAUGAAACAGAUGAAAGAGAAAAAUCUGAAACUGAAGGAAUCACUAAGCCUAAAGAAAUUUCUGAAACUGAAGAAACAUCUGAAAAAGAAGAAUUCUUCAAAAUUGAGCUACUAUGUGAUGAAACUGAGGAUAUACUUCAUGGAAAAGAAGUCGCGUUUGAAAAUGGAGAAAACCUGGGUAUGGAUAAAAGACGAGACUCUAAAGAACGAAUGGAUACAGAAAAAUCCAGUCUUAAUAAUGAGAAAACAUCUGAAACAGAAGAUAUUUCUGAAAUGGAUGAUAACUAUGAAGCUGAAGAAACGUCAGCGAUUGAAGAUGUGGAUAUCGAAAAGGAAGAGGAAUAUGAAAAGGUUUCAGGUAAUGGAGAAAUAUUGGAAAUGGAAGACAAAGAAGAAAGAUCCCUGAUAGAGGAUGUAAGUCUUGAAAAAGAGAAGGUUUCAGGAAUGGAAGAAAUAUCUGAAAUGGAAGACAAAGAAGAAAGAUCCCUGAUAGAGGAUGUAAGUCUUGAAAAGGAGAAGGUUUCAGGAAUGGAAGAAAUAUCUGAAAUUGAAGACAAAGAAGAAAGAUCCCUGAUAGAGGAUGUAAGUCUUGGAAAGGAAAAGGUUUCAGGAAUGGAAGAAAUAUCUGAAAUUGAAGACAAAGAAGAAAGAUCCCUGAUAGAGGAUGUAAGUCUUGGAAAGGAAAAGGUUUCAGGUAUGGAAGAAAUAUCUGAAAUUGAAGACAAAGAUGAAAGAUCCCUGAUAGAGGAUGUAAGUCUGGAAAAGGAGAAGGUUUCAGGAAUGGAAGAAAUAUCUGAAAUUGAAGACAAAGAAGAAAGAUCCCUGAUAGAGGAUGUAAGUCUUGGAAAGGAGAAGGUUUCAGGAAUGGAAGAAAUAUCUGAAAUGGAAGACAAAGAAGAAAGAUCCCUGAUAGAGGAUGUAAGUCUUGAAAAGGAAAAGGUUUCAGGAAUGGAAGAAAUAUCUGAAAUUGAAGACAAAGAAGAAAGAUCCCUGAUAGAGGAUGUGAGUCUUGGAAAGGAAAAGGUUUCAGGAAUGGAAGAAAUAUCUGAAAUUGAUGACAAACAUGAAACUGAAGGAAGAUUUGAGACAGAGGAUGUAAUUCCUAUUCUUGGAAAGGAAAUAUCAUCAGGGAUACAAGAAAAAUCUGAUACUGGUGACAUACAUGAAACUGAAGAAAGAUCUGAGAUAGAGAAAUUAGAUUCUGAAAAUGAGGAGGCAUAUGAAGCUGAAGAAAGAUCUGAAGUUGGGGACAAAAGUGAAACGGAAAAAAGAAUAGAGAUGGAAGGAAUGCAGUUUGGAAAGGAAAGGGGAAGUGUAGGAGAAGAAAUAUCUCUCACUGAUGAUAAUUAUGAAACUGCAAAAAGAUUUGAGGUGAAGGAUUUAAGCAUUGGAAGUGAAAAGGCCUCUGAAAUAGAAGAAAUAUCCGAUGUCGACGAGAAUCUUGAAGCAGAGGAAAGAAGCAGGGCAGAGAACAUAAGUUUCAGAGAGGAACAGGCACCUGAAACAGAUGAAAUAUCUGAAACUGGGGACAAAUAUGAAACGGAAGAAAGAUCCGAGAUAGCUGAUGUAAGUCUUGCAGAGGAAAAGCCAUCUGAUACAGAAGAAAGAUCUGAGAUUAAUAGUAGGUAUGAGAUAGAGGAUGUGAGUCUUGGAAAGGAAAAUGCAUCUGAAAAUGAAGAAUUGUCUGAAUUUAAAGACAAAUCUGAAACUGAAGGAAGAUCCGAAGUAGAGGAUUUAAGCCUUGGAAAGGUUGAUGUAGCUGGCAGUGUAUGUGAAGAUGAAGAAAGUUUGGAGAUAGAAGGCAGAAGCCUUGAAAGUGGAAAGGCAUCGGAGGUUGACCAAAAAUCUGGAACUGAUGACAGUUAUGAAACUGAAGAAAGAUCAGAAAUAGAGGACCUGAGUCUUCGAAAGGAAAAGGAGUCUGAAAUAAAUGACAUAUCUGAAACUGACGACAAAGAUGAAGCAGAAGAAAGAUCUGUGACAGAGCAUGUGAGUCUUGUAAAGGACAAAGUAUCUGGAAUAGAGGAAAGAUCUGAAAUUGAAGACAUAUCUGAAGAAGAGUCUGAAAUAAAAGAUUCAAGUCUUGGAAAGGAAAAGUCCUCUGCAAUAGAAGAGAGUUCUGGAGCUGAUGACAGGAGUGAAAGUGACGGAAGACCCAGUUCUGAAUUAUACAAAACAGAAGGAAGAUCCAUGCUUGAGAAAUUAGCUGUUGGCAUGGAAACGGGUUAUGGAGUGGAAGGAAUAUCUGAAACUACUGAAAGAUAUGAAACUGAAAGUUCUAAGAAAGAGGACCUGAGUCUCAGUAAGGAAAAGACACUUAAUGUCGAAGAAAUAUCUGAAGUGGAUGAAAGAUUUGAAACAGAAGAAAGAUCACAGGUAGAGGAUACCAGUCCUGGGAAAGAAAUCAGUGACGUAUCUGAAAUUAUCAAAAGAUCUGAAAUUGAAGAGAGUUCAGUGGUAAGUCUUGCAGAGGCUGAGACGUCUGAAAUUGAAAAUUCCGACAUCGGAGAUAGUUCAGAGACUGAGGAUGUAAGUCUUGAUAAGGAGAAGUUAUCUGAAACUGAAGGGAGAUCUGACAUUAAAGAAAGAUUUGAACCUGAAGAAAAAUCUGAAAAAGGGUAUGUUGGUGUUGAAGAAGGAAAUGUUUCCGAAAUUGAUGAAAUAGAUAAUGUAGAGGGCAGACAGAAGAUGAUGGAAAGUGAGCCUGAAAACGACGAGUACAAAACUAAAGAACCAAUUGAAAUCAAGGCUGAAGACCAAGAAGAAAACAAGGCAUCUGAAGCCGAGGAAAUGUUUGGGAUUGAUGACACACCUACCGAAGGGCAAUUUGAAAAAGAAGAGUCGGAAAUUGAUGAAAUAAGUGAAGGUGCGAAAUCGUCUGAAAUGAGAGAAGUAAGUCUUGUAAUGGAGAUUUCCAUUAAAACUGAGGAAAUGUCUGAAAUAAAAGAUAUCAGUCUUGAUAUGGAUGAUCUUCCAGACAAUGAAGAGGCCUCUAACAUACAAGGAUUGGGUUAUCAGGUAGAUUAUGCUGAACCUGAGCAAACCAAUGACAGGGAAGAGUUGACCAGUGAGCAAGAGGUAUCUCCUGCAAUUGAAAAUAACCUUAAAAUACUGGAUAUGGAUUCUAAAGAGGACGGAUUAAUUGAGUAUGAUGUGGCAGAAAAGAAAACAGAGGUCCCUGAGCUUUACAAAACAAUUAAAGUAAGUUUAAAAGUUGAUUAUUCAGAUGAAAUGGAGAAAACUCCACGUGAAAUGAGAGAAGUUGAUGAUAAAAAGGCAUUACCUGAGACUGGAGAUGCUGAAACUUUUGAAGCAGAGAACCCAGAUGCUGACGUAGGUGAAGUGAAUCAGACUGAAGAAAUACCCGCGUUGAAGAAGAAGAUUCAGAAAUGUGUGAGGUUUGAUGAGGCUUUCGAAAUUUAUGAAGUAAGUCAAAAGUAUGGGUCAGAUGGCAGUGAUGAAAUAUCCGAGAUCAGCCAAGACACUGGAGAGCUAGACAACUCUGAGGAAGUGUCGAAGGGAGAAGAUAUAAGCCUUGAAUCAGAAAAAUCUGAUAAAACUGACGAAGUACUUAAAGUGCUAAGGAGUCAUAAAGUGAACACAUUACAUAAAAUGAGCGCAUUAAAAAGACUAGGACGUGAAAGAACCUGUGAUACAGAAAAGGAAAGGCAUAUAAAGGUUGACCUAAGUGAAACAGAGGACACAUUGGAAAGAAACGAUCAGACUCCCGAAAAAUUGGCAUCAUUUGAGGGUAGAGAGACACCAGAUCUUGAGAGAAGCUGUAAAGACGAUGACCUGCUUAAGACUGAAGGCACAGAUAACAAAAGUAAGGGCCAGAUAAAAGAAAAUGAACAGGAACUGUCUGAAGACACAUCUUUCUCAGAAGAAAGUAGUAUAAGUGAGGGAAUUAGAAGGAGGUUUAGAAUUCGCAGAUUACGUCGCAUAGCAAAAAGGCGAGCAGAAAACUCUGAAGAACCAUCUAUUUCAGAAGAGAGUGCGAGUGAGGGCAACUGGAGGAGAUUUAGAGGUCUUAGACUAAGUGAAGAUAAAACGAAAGAUAAACCAAGACCAACAGAUGAGACUUCUUUAUCAGAAGAUGAAAGCAAUAGUGAAAGAAUUGAAAAAAGAUUUAAAGGUCAUAGGUUAAGUCAGGGCAGUAGGGAGAGGGAACAAGAUCAGCAUGAACUUGAAGAGAUAGCUUUUAGGAAUGUGUACGUAAGAGGCAAUAAGGAACCAAGGGAACUCUCUGAAACAUAUUUAGCUGUAAGUGAGGGUGAACAGCCAAAGGUCAACAUCGAGGAGGAAAGUGAGGAGGGACCCAGAGAGAGGAUAAUUAAAACUGAAGCUCUUGAUUUAGUUGGCAAAGAAUCUUUGGAUCAGAAAGAUGAUGAGAGCAGUGGAUGGGAAACUGUUUGGGAAACCGAAGAAGAGGCAUCAGAAAUAGUUGAUGAACCAGAAAUAGUGAGUGAAGCAAGUGGCACAGGGAAUACAGAAAAAUUAAAAAGCAAACAGAAACACCUGCUAGAUUCUCCCUCCGAUUUAGUACCGUGGCAGUUAGAGGUUCUUAGGCUGAGACAUGCGAGACGGGGCAGGGGAAGAAACAGGAAUCGAGGGUUAUGGGACAUCGUAUUAAAUCACAAUCUCUUAGCCAAAGAGCAAAAGGGGAAGGAGAAUAUGAACAGUACAAAUAGCGUUGCGCCUGCAUAUACUGGUAGAGGUCAGAAAGAGAAUUCUGUGAGGGAUAAGGCAUGCGUUUUUGAGAAGAGGGGAGUAUUUGAAAGUGAUGAGUAUGAUGGUGUGAAAAAGGAACUGUUAGAUGAAGGUGCGCCUGGAGGUGAGUGUGGGAUGCCUGUUACAAUCCAAGUCGAGGAUUUGGAUGGAGUGGAAACACAACCAACAAUGGUGUCGAGCUCCUUUGAACAGAGAGCUAAUGGUGGACUGGAAGCCUCCUCAGUAGGUAACAGACAGGAAAAAGCUGUCAUACCUUCAAUCUGCAAUAGAUUACCAUAUAAACCUCUUCUUGUUUCGGAGACUGAUAUUAAAAAACUGGUUCAAGACGAUGAAUGUGCUUAUGUGAAUUCAGUUGGUGGUCUUGCUGUUCCUCCCAGUGAUUAUCAUCAUGAAGAGAGCUGUCAGGGAGAUUCAACUUUAGAUUUUGACAGUAUUUUAAAGAUGGAAUUUGGGGAAAAAGAACUUAUGGAUCAUGUAGCAGCACAUGUUGACAAUGGUGCUGAAAGUAAGCUUUCAGGAAGAAAAGAAAAGAUAGAACAUGAUUCACGAGAAACCGAAGACGAAGAGGAGGAUAUAUGUGACUUCCUAGAGGAAAAGAAUGACCUUUUGUUUGUAAAUGAUGAAGUUGACUGGGAUUUUGCAAGUGACAGAGAUGGGGAGGACAGUGGAAGCGACUCUUUUGGGAGAGAAAGAUCUGAAAAGUUGGUGACAAAUGAUGACAUUGUUUUCAUGGAUGCUUGGAGUGAUAAGGAACUGUUUGAAGAAGGUCUUGUUGUAAUGAACGAUCCUUUAAACCUAGAGGCUUCUGGAGACUAUGAGUAUGGUUCAGACAGUAGAACUGAUGAAUGUGAUAUCGACGAAAUUCUCAAUGAGAUAAGUAAUCUGAUUGCUGAAGAAUCAAUGAAUGAAAGUUUGAGAAUGAGUGCUACUUCAUCGUGGAACCCCUCUAACGAAGCCUCUGUCAAGAGAAGAAAGGACAGCAGUGAUGCUGAGGAAUUACUAAACGAAAUAAGUUGCCUGAUUGCAAAUGAUUCUGAGGAGAAUGGUGCAAUGGCAAAGGCAAUUUGUAAACAACAGGUACCAACAAUAGUAAUUACAAAUGCUCAGCCGAUGUUCGAAGAAGACUUGAACAGCACCAAAAAUUAUUUAUAUAGAAGCAAACAUGAUGAAGUAUCAAGGGAGCUGAAACGCUCAGCAAGUGCUUAUGACCUGGAGUGGAAAUCAGACACAGAAGGGAAGAGUGAAUUUGAUAAAACAGAAGACCUAGAGGAAAUGCUCAAUCAAAUUAGCAAUUUGAGUGAGAAUAAAUUUAAAACUGAAGAGCUUCAAGAUCUGAGCAUUAGCAUCGACGGCUUACCUACUGGAGAUAUGCACAGCGAAGUUGAUGGUAUGGAAAGCGUAGGAAGUGAAAGAAAAACUGUUGGCAGCGAUCUUGAAGACAUUCUGAACUCUAAAGAUUACCAAAAUGUACCUACACCUCACAGUGAGUUUCAGAUAAUGAUAGUUAAUACGGUUAUUAACGUAGAACAGCAAGAUGGCCUAAAUGAAGAUAGUGAAAAGAGAACUAUUGACAGUGAUCUUGAAGAUAUGCUCAAUCCAUUCAGUCCCAAAAGUGGUGAUGAAUCAAAACACAAAGAAAUUACUUGGAGUGAAAGUGUAAAAUCUUACAGCCCAGUCAGUUUGGACUGUGAUGAACACUAUAGAAAGUUUGCAAAAGGAAGAGAUAGUGGUGAUGAAACUGACAUGAAAAGUGACUGGUAUGCAGAAGAAUUGGAAAAUGAGAGCAAGUCAUGGAAAAUAUUUGACAAUUCGUCGAGUACAGAUGAUACAGAUAGAAAUGCUGACAGUCCAGACAGCAGUCAGAGUGAUUUAGAAGAAAAUGGAAAACUAAAAGACAGUUGGCAGCAUGGCAGUCCUAGAAGUGCAGCCAACACUGGCGAGGGAGACAUAUACUGUACAGCAACUGAAGCCAAAGACACAGCUAUGCAAGUAAGAGGUGGUUCCAGAAGAGCUUUAGGUCCAAUCAUUGGUGAGAAUUAUCUGGCUAAUGAUGAAGUAGCCAAAAUUUCUGGAGGAGCACCUUUUGGGAAUGAUGCUGGAGAAUUAAAGAGGGAUGUUGACGAUGACGUCUUUAGUGACUUCGAUGACGUCAUGUGCUCUGAGGGACGUUCAUUGACGGACUUCGCUGGUGCCCGCAGCAAGGGGUAUUACACCUUGUGUGCCCCUUCCUCGCCCUAUGCAUCAACGAAUCCGUCCCUGACCUCUCAUACUACGACGCUGGAAGGCGUUGGGAUGAGUGAGGUGGAGGAGAGCAGAGGGGAGGGCGUAAGUAAUGUUUUAGUCGAGGCUGAUUCUCUCGAGUUUGAUGUCAACACUAACCUGCCCUUCACUCCUGCCAAGACCUCCCCCCGGGGCACUGCCCCUUCCCUUCAGGAAUUAAUUGAGGCUGAAUUGAGUGCCCGUUUGUGCCAACCUGAUUCCCUGGAGGCACCAGCAUGUCCUCCUUCCUUCAAUUCCCUGUUGAGUUGCGAUUCCAUUGAGCCUGUCCUGACCCGGCCUGCUCCCACUGCGUUCAGUCUUGACUCACUCACAGGCCUUAAUGUACACAGUCCACUCGACGAUCCGGUAGGACGUGCUGCAGAUGAGGAAAGUGGCAUAGAUAUCCUCUCUCCUAUGAAAGUAGACGAUUUUAGCAAUCCUGAUUCACUAGAGUCUUCAUCUGACCUUCCUGGCUCUGUUGAACAGUCAUCCCCAGAGCCCUCGAUGCCAGAGGCUCUGUAUGGAGCUGAAUUAACAAUUGAUGAUGAAAAUAAGACAAAUGCCAAUUCCCAACAGACAGUAACUCUGAUUGAAUGUGAGACUGAUAUUUUAGAGAAUAUUAAUAAUUCUAAGUCUUUGCUGAAGUAUGAUGAUUCAGAAGCAGAUUUGUUAUGCAUCCAAGAAACUAAGCAAAGUAGUAGUGAAAUAUCCCAAGAGAUUACAACCUCCCGUACAGUCACGGAGACUAAUACUGUUAGUUUCUCUAAUAAUGUUGAAGUUAUUGAAACUGAAUAUAUAUCAGAGACUAGUGUCACAAGUGCUGGAGAAAGGCACUCAUCAUCUUCCUCUCUAAGCAUAACAGAAAGUGAUUCAAAGGAACGUCUUUACUCAGAUGCAGAUACAGAUGCUUAUGACAAGAUGUCCAGAACUUCAUCUGAGGAUAUACGGAGCCAUCAUGAGGAAAUACUACAGCCUCAUCUACCAAUUCAUACCAAAAAGCUCUCUUCCCAGGCAUCUGACAGUUCUGAAGACAUAAGAGUGGCAGAAACAGCUUCUCUGUCGAGCGGUGAGGCUAUGUGUGAAUUUGUUACCCAUUCAACGUGCACUGAUCCAGAACUAGGUAAUACACAUGCACAGGCUGAUAACUUGCCAGACAUGGAGUGCUCAUCUUCCAAUACCUCACUGCAGAAGCAUCUAAAUGAAGGAACUCAGAAUACUCAGAUGUCACUAACAGACCUUGUCGAUGUCUCAUCUUGUGAUGCCUCCUCUAUUGAUUUAAGUUCUCCGAAGGACCAAAGUCCUUGCCCCGAUUCUAGCUCUCCCAAAGUUCUGACCACCCUAGAAGAUUCUCAGAAUUCCACAAUAGACUUUAGCUCCCAACCUAUCAUCAAGUCAUCAGAACAGAGCUCUUCAAGUCACAAUUUAGUAGACUUGGACACCAUCUCUUCCAAAACAGAUACUGUAGAUCUCUCUGGAACUCAAAAAUCUGCUGAUGUACAGAUCUUAGACUCUGCUGAAACUUGCAAGCCUCAUACAGAGCAAUUGGAACAAGAACUAAAAGCAGAUCCCGACUCUCUGAUUGCUUCUAUGGCGUCACUUCAGUUGAAUUCCCCAUGUGGUCAAAAGACUCUAGACAUUUCCCAGUCUUCUGCAGAUUCAAACUCACCAACAGGACCCAACUCUCCUUUGGAAAUAUCUCUAGGCUCCAUGUCUCCCACAGAACAUAGUUUCCCACCACCAGACGUCACCUCCCCACUUGAGUUCACUUCCUCCCAGGGCCCCAGCUAUAACCAGACAGAUUCUCCCAAGGAAAGCCAGUCCCCAGAAACAGUGGCAUGCACCCCUCAGGUGGAGGUCCCCGGCAGCACCCAUCUCCCCUUGAAUAAUACUAACAGCGUGAGUGUCUCCUCAGCCCUCUCUGAUGACGGUAGUGAGGAGGAGGAGGAGGAGGAACAGGGACAUGGUGGUGAUGACGAUGCUGUGUCAUCGACAACGGGCACGAUUAGUGGUGUUAGUGGUGUUGGUGAUAUAGGUGAUGGGCACACCAUGCACGACACGGUCCCCUGUCCUAGUGUACAACAGCAGUCUAACAAUGUGGGGAGGACCAGGUCAAGGCCCAACAAGUACCUGGAGGAGUUAGAGGACUCAGCAAGUGACUACAUCGAGGAAGAGGAGGAGGAGGAGGAGGAGGAGAAAAUAGAAGUGGUUGAGGAAAAGAAUGAGGAAGAGGCUGAUAAACCCGAAAAAGAUGAUGGGGAAGAAGUAGACUUCUGGGGAACAAUGCAGAAGGGCGAGGAAGAGAAGGAGUCGAAACCUGCGGAGAACGGCACCGCCCACGAAGAGGCACAAGAAUGGACAUCAGAGAAGAAAAAGAAGAAGAAGAAGAAGAAGGAGAAGGAAGAUGGAGAAGGCAAGAGACCCAAGAAAAAGAAGAAAGAUCGGUCUCGGGGUCCCCAUGGAUUUCCAGAUGAGGUCAGGUCACCAGGAAUGGUCAGGGCAGGUCAGAGUGUAAUGGAGGAGCGUGAGGUCUACGCAUGGCUCUCGACACGCCCACCUGACCUCAAGGACGCCCAAAGCCGCCCGUGUCAUCCCGUCCAUCAGCAGCAGCAGCAGCAGCCAACGUCGCCGAAGCGCCCACAGGCUGACGCACGGAGCAUCGAAUCCUUCGAGCGCCACGUGCGAGCGAAAUACCGCAAGAGGAAGGAGGAAGAAGCCCGGAGGAGACGAGAAGAGGAAGAGGAAAGAGAGAGAAGGCGGAGGGAAUUCGAGGAAGAGCUAGGCUGCUCCAGCCUCACGUCGGAGACGUCGCAGCAGAAGGCCCUGUGCGAGUGGACGGACGAAGGGCGCCUCACGAUCACCUUCCUGACGCCUCCGCAGGGUGGAAGCUCCACCGACGGAGAUAGUGAAGAAGAGGACCCAGCCCCGACACCUCCCCUUUUCAACGGACACGCCCUUACGAAUGGGGUCCUCGCAAACCGCCAAAAUACCGAGAAAAAACAGGAGAGGAUCAUCCGCAGCAAGCAACACGCUAGCGAAGCAGAAUCCCACAGCGAGAGUGAAUUUAUAACCCGGGAAGAAUUCCACAGCCUGAGGGAUGUCUACAACACUGGUCGCAAGGAAACCCUGGGUGUCAAGAAGGACCCCCGUUCUCAGACGCCUCUGACUGACGAGGAAGAACUGGCUGGAGUCAGUGUCAAACAGUUGAGAUCGUCAUACUUGAACCAAGCGCAGGAGAAUAAGGUUCUCCAUCAGCACCAAGCUGCAGAAAACCACAAACCUGAGGUCAACAAAACUAUCAAUAUCACAAGUCUGGUCGACACUUAUUCCUCUCCACCACCUCGAACGCCCACUCCCAGUAGGCCUGACGACCUUACACCUGUAUCGUUGAGAUCAUUGAAAUCAGCGUAUGAAGCGUCGGCGACAGGAAGCAAUAGUGCCAUCAGCAGGCAUAGCAGCAGUAGCGGCGGUAGUCCAGGUGGUUGCAGCCCUGCACCAAAGGAGGAAUUGAACAUUUCUCUACAUCAGCUGAGAGAAGAAUAUUGUCGAUCAGUUCAAGAAGGACAUAUCCGUGCUCACACACCCAGCAGAGCUUCUCCUGAAACGGGAGUUUCCAUAAGGCAGCUUACCCGGAGUAUGACAGACUUGCGAGACGUUGGUCAAGAGAGCAACAACCAAUCCGCAAUAGACUGUGACCGAUCAGCCCUUGCAUCUGUCAACGUAAAAGCACUGACGAGAAGCUUUUCUGACCUGACUCGUCUUGGUGACUCCACUGGGUCAUCAACAAGUCCUAGGCUGCCCAAAGAAGAUAUUGGCCAAAUUUCUGUGUCUGUCAAGGCUCUGAGGGCGAGCUACGGUGACCUACCUCGAGCUGUCAGCUUAUCAGCAACUCCUCCUGUGCCAAGACCCAGAACUUCCAUGCCAUCGUCGAAGAUCCCCCGUCCUCAUCAGCAUCCUUCAUCAAAGACUAAUGGCGUUGUCACAUCCCCCCGGCACUCGGGCAUAAAGAAAUCCUACCCGCCUCCCUCGCCCUCGUCAGGAUACAGGUCACGAAAGCUGCCGGAUCUUCCACCAGCCAAAGUCAGCCAGGUGAAUAGCGGACAUACAAAGUCCCAAACCCUUUCUUCUUCCCAAGUGUCUCGGGGCACUGUUGGGAGGACAGUGAGCCCAAGCCCACCUCCGAGGUCAUCCAGCCCAAAGGGUCCAGCGAAAGGGGGAAGUCGACAGCCCCUUUGCAAUGGCUUCAAGGGCUCCCCGUCAAAAGUGACCUCGUCGCACUCGCCCUCAAGAAGAAGGACAACUGACGUUCCAAGCAAGGACUCUUGUGAAAGUGCUUGCAGUUUUAAAGAAUAUAUUGGAAGGUUCAGUGAAGAGAGUGGGAGGCCCAAACCGAGGCUCUUGCCCUUCAGGAAAGACGAUACUAGUAGUACUUUCGAGGAGGGGCACCGUUUGUCAUCCUCCACUCAGGACCUCUCGAAUCUCUCUUAUGUUUAUGUGAAUGGUCACUCAGGUGGAAAGACUCAUUACUCAUCUACUGAUAACUUGAGUGACCAAUUGCCUCCGCCAGGCGCCCUCCAGCGGGGGGGCGCGGACGACGACGAGGACGACAUGGUGGACCUUGGGGGGCGCCGCGCCAAGGCCCCCGCCCCCAACAACAACAAUGCCCAUCACAACGGCUCCUCCUCCAACGGCAGCGUGUCGCCUACGUCAGCCACUACUGCGACUACGACAGGAGCUCGGGCGAAUGUGUACACCGGGAUCUCCGUCAAACAUUUGCGUCGAAGCUAUUGCGACGUCACCCGCAUGGGGGAGAUGAAUGGGGUGGGGGGGCCCAACGGCCCCCUGGGUCUUCAGCCUUACAUCACGAAAGCUAACGUGGCUCGCCUGUGUGCAUCCUUCGUAGGACCCACGUACCCUGACGCCACGAUGCCUUAUCGGCGAAAGACCACGACAGGGGUAUCUGUAGCUGACAUGAAAUCUGCCUUGUUUAACCGCGAGGAUAUCUUGGAGAAGCACGUGGGCCCCAGAGUCCGGUCUUUCGACGCUUCCAAGAUGAAGACGAAAUUUGAAAAGCCUAAGCAGGUGGCGCAGGUGUCCAGCGACUGCAAGAAAUGUGGCAAGCAAGUGUUCCAGAUGGAGAAGAUCGUGGCCGAAAAGGCGUCCUGGCACAAGAACUGCUUCCGGUGCGCCGAAUGCAACUGCGUCCUCAGCCUGGAGACCUACCAGAGUCACGAAGGCAUCCUCUACUGCAAAGUGCACUUCAAGGCUUUGUUCCAGCCCAAAGCUGUACUGGAAGACCCCGGAGAAAAAUAUUUGUCAAGGAGGCCAAAGAUGAUUAUCUUAGAGAGUCAGCCGGAAGAACUUCCCCCCGAUGUCAUUCGGUCUGGAAACAGCGCAGACGAUGCCCUCGAACAACUCAACACGGAAAAUCUGAAGAAGAAAUUCAUGAUGUUCGAAGCCAUUUCCACGGCGGAGGAAGAGAUGGCCGAUUCCAUCAAAGUGCGUCGAUCUCAAUCCCUCCUGAAUAAAGCGCGAGGAGGUGAAGAUGACUACGGUGUAGAGAACUCAGAGCUUGGAGAUUAUGAAGAAGGCGAAGAAGAAGAAGAGGAAGACGAGGAGGGGGAGGAGGAGGAAGAGGAAGAAGAAGAGGAUAAUGAUAACCCAGACCAGGCCAAGAUCAGGAAGAAAGUGAAAGCUACCAGCUUCAGUGGCAUGCAAGAUAUUAGAUCCAUGAAAGCUGCAAAGAAGCGGAAGGAGAUGAUGGCCAGGAAACGCCGUGAAGAAGUUGCCAAAUUCCGACAGAUGUUGUGUGCGGGCAAAAAUAUUUCUACUCGAGAAUACUUUGAAGGUGGAAAUUAUGACAGCUUGGACUUCGAGAGGAAAGAGAGAAAACAACAGAUUAAAUUGGAACGAGCCUGUGACGCCAGUGACAUUAGGAAUAAAUUUGAAAGCGGAGAAAUUCAGAUCAACAAGAGACAGAGCGAUGAACGCAAAGAAGUGGAAGAAGUAUUCAAAGAAGCAGAAACAGCUAGCCGGGCUCGCAAUCUCUUCAAGCAAAUUGAUUCAGCAGCAAAUCUAGAUGAUGAAGUGCCACAAUUGAGACGCUCUCGGUCUACAGCUGAGGCUCGUAAAGAACAUAGACUAUCUAUUGAUGGCAGACAGAUUCGCAAUUUUGCAUCGCAGCUUUCACAGGAGGAUGGAGGUGAAGAAGAAGAAGAAAACAUGCAUAUAGAAUGCAGUAGUAUUCAAAACAAGUUUAAGUUCUUUGCAACAUAUGAGGAGCGAAUGAAAGAGGCUGAGAAGACUAAGAAGAAAGUUUUCCGCUUCACCCCCCCUAGGGAUGAUGAAAAGGUUGAAGAUGAGUUACAGGCACCUGUGCCUAGACGUUGCAUGGCAAUUAACUGUGCGGUGUGCAGGCUUCGGGGUGUUGAUGUGGAAGAGACAGAGCUGGGACGAGACCCUAACUAUGUUCGUUGCACUGAUAACCUUGAGGAUGAAGUAGAUUGCCGUAGGACACGUAGUGUGCUUGCCAUGUUUAGGAAGAUGGAAAUGCAAAAUGAAGAGGAAGAGAAAGGUCCUCGUCCUCUCAAGCAAUUUACACCUCCUCCUGAAGGAGAAGAAUACUCUGAUGAGGAAGAAUAUUCUGAUGAAGAGUAUUCAGAUGAGGAGGAUGAAGAAGAUGAGGAGUAUGACGAGGAGGAGGAAGAUGGAUUAGAAAGAAAAGUACCAAAGUAUAAGGAUGAAAUCUUAGAAAUGGAAAACAGUGAAAAUCAACAGAAACCUAAGCGUAGAAAACCACGGAAAAAGGCUAAAUCCUCACAGAGUGCCAGAAAGGCUGCCUCCCUGCGUGCCAAAUUCGAGAGGUGGGAAUCAGAAGUGGAUCGAAACAAUGAGUACAACCAUAAUGAUGACGAAGACGAGGAGUGUAUGCCAUCCAUUGACACCGCCCGGAACCUCCGUGCCAUGUUUGAGAACAAGGCUCAGGAGGCCUCACGGCCGGUUGCAGAACGUCCUAAGAUGAAGGUCAACAGAUUUGUGGGUGGUGGGGGAGACAAGUGCAUGUUGUGUGACCGCACAGUAUAUGCAAUGGAGAGAUUAGAAGUUGCAGGACGUGUACUGCACAAGAACUGCUUCAAGUGCUGCAAAUGUAAUACAAAGCUCAGUAUGAACACAUUCUCCAUAGGCGGCGAAGACAUGUACUGUACGACACAUUAUAAACAGGCUUUCACUGAAAAAGGAACAUAUGACGUGUUCACACCUAACAAGGGCAAAUGGACACGGAAAAUUGAAGCAACAAACUCCGAGUCACCGAAGAGUCAAGAGUGAAAGUUAUUAAAGUAAUUUAGUUAAUUUACCUGGGGACCAUUUGUAGACUGUGUCAUGGGAUUGGCAGUAGAGCACAAUUGUUAAAUCAUGUACAAUUCUAGUUUAGACUGGAAUAUUCUGCACUUCUUUUGGAAUGUUAUUUUAACUUUAUCUAACAUGGUAAAAUGUUAUUGUAAUAUUUGCAAAGAUGUGCUUGUUUUUCUAUAAAAAAUAACAAACCUUGAUUGAAAAUGAAAACUUACUGUUUUGAAUAACCAAAAAGUAAUGGAUUUCAGUACAGUAUUCUCUAGAAAGAAAUAUCCAGUUGAGCAUUUAAUAGUAAUGUGUUCAUGGCUGGCAAUGUGCUCUACUCCCUCUCAUCAGAAAUUAUUAACACAGACGAAGGUUAGGACCAGGAAGUGAGAAAUGUCGUGCCUAGUCUUCAGUGCCCUAUGCCACAUAAGAUCUCUAAUCUGAGCUAUUUUCUCUUCCCACCAUCAUGUAAUUCUCCCUGAAUAUCAUCUACAGAUCUGAUAAAUGACCUUUUCAAAAAUGUACAGGCAAAGUGAAGUCAUAUCUCUUGGCACUUGUUCAGCAAGUAUUCCGGAGAUAAUCUUCAGUUCAUAUCAGCACAUCGCUUCUCUAGCCUGACCAAUAUUUUUUAAAAUGUAUCAUUUGCACUAAAGGUGUAGAACAGUAUCAUAUCAGAUAAGUAUUAUAGCAUUCGCAUCUGGUCAUUGGAUGUGACUUUUGAAUUAGACUAGUCAAUGCACUUUUUCACUAUAUUAAUAAUAAUAAUGUUAGGUGAAUAAAAAAGGUAAAGUCAACUGCCAUACCCCAAAUAUCUAUGUCCAAUUAUAACUUGCAUAGUUGGAGUAACAAUGUCAGUUUGAUAUCAAGUUUCACAUCCAAGAUUCCCCCUGCCCCAAACAAGAGAGUUCUGGGGUUGGCACUUAGUAUAACAUAAGUUUUAGCGCCACCUGUGACCUGUUGCCAGUUGGACCGCAAGUUGCACUGGCAGUAGGUCCAUCUCGGAUGGCACAAAUAUUUCUACUGCUGUGAUUAUUUUUUUUAAGCUUCAUAUGAACUAUGUAUCAUUAUGCUUUCUGUAGAUUAGAUGAGAAAAUGUUUUUGUGAUUUAGAUAUCAGUAUGUCGUAUUUCGGUUGAGAAGUUCCUGAGUUGAAGUAAGUAAUGUAGCUUACUCACAGAGACAAAUAGAAUCAGAAUUUUUAAUCGUGAAAUGUGGUCUCUCCUCAUCUUUGCAUUUCCACAGUAGAGCUCAGAUGUGACCGACAAAUUAUGUUUUAAACCCAAGAGAAAAAAGCAUUAUAAUUGCGCAUAUCACAAGGGGAAAAAAGUCAAUUUAAUUUGUGGCUAAUAGCAAAACAGUGAUUCCCGUGAAAUUAAUAUAAUAUUAGUAAAACAUUUUCUUAUCCACUGCUUUUUAUCUUGAUCAUGUUAUGUAUUAUAUUCUGUGUAAUAUAAAUCUCACAAAAUAUAUUUUUUCAUACCAACAUUGCAGGAGUCAAGGCUGUUAAAAUUUAGUACAGUAUAUAUACUAUAAAAGGUUGAUUACUGUACGUUUAAAAGUUGGGAUAUAUCAUGUCAAGCAGUUGAUAUAAUAUGAUUAUCCCGUUUUAAGGCAAAUCUGUAUUUAAAAAAAAAAAAGAAAUUUGGACAUUUCAUCGAAAGCCUUAAAAUUCAGACUGAAAUAGUGAUUUUACAUUUCAGAUAUUUUCAUGUGAGCAUGGUUGAGCUCUGCUGUCAACAUGAGAUCUGAAUUAUCUUAUGCAUUUGUAUAAUAACAUCUAUCUUUGACUCACAACAUUUGACGCUUUCAUUGAUAAGCAUUUGACAAGCAGGAAAUGAAACUGCUGGUACCUUCAUAUAUCAAUUAUUUUGUAAUUUAUGUAAAAUGUGCAUAGCUGUUAGGCUGUAGAUAUGAAUAAAAGAGAAAGUACUUUUGAUUGCACCAAUAAAUAACAAGGUUGACUCUUGAAAUUGUACCACAAUUAAAGGGAAUAGCAGAACUUUUCAUCCUUCUGUAUUUAGCAAAAGAUUUUUAGAAUGAAUGAAUGAAAAUGUAGAUGUAUGUAUGACCUUUAAAAGAUAAUGUAUGAAUCCUUAUUUCAAUUAAGAAUUGUGAUUAAGGAUAAGAGGUUGAAAGUUACUUUGCCACAGAGCUCAUCUAAUAUGAACCUAUAUGGAUCUUGACAAUUUUGUUUUUUGACAUUCAGACCAGUAUACAUAACCACUGGUUGCAUUUCUUGUAUACACAAUACAGUAAAUACUGUACAGGACUGUGUUGUGUAUACUUCACCUUCCUAUCAUCUUCUUGUAUGUGUAUUAUUUGUUUUAUGUCAGUAGUAUGUUGUUUAUGCUAAUGCCUUAUGGAUAUUUCAAAAUUACUUAUAAAACUGUUCUCAAUUUAUCCAGUUUUCUUGUUCAAGAUUCAAAAUUUGUUUAUGUCAAGUGCAAUGGCAUAGUACAUACUUUAAAUUUUUAUGCCACUUGAUGUUUCCUCCGUGAAGUAUAAACAAGUAAGAUUGCUGCAACCCAUGUCAUAUUUUGCAAACGUGCCUUUUAUCAAAGUAAAAAGUCAUCCGUCCACUCUAUGUUCUAUGUGAAGUAAUGCUUGAGGUUCUUACAUAGCUAAGCCAAUAUUUUUUGCUCAUAAAAGUGCCUGGUCUCUGUUUUUUUCAAGAAAUAUGAAGAUUUUUCUUUGAUAAAUCAGGUGACAUCUAACCUGUUUCUUAUUCUAUCCGUACAUUACCAGUAAUGCCAUAAAACGCCGCAUGCAUCUUGUUUUCUCUUCUGGUCUCUUUCAGAAUAUUUUUUACUUUGAACCAUUGUCCAUGGACCCUCUUAAUCCCUGAUUGAAAUAUAGUCAUUUUCAUAUUAUACUGUAUACAUAUGUAUUGGCUACUGGAAAUUUUGUUGUGUGAUUGAUAUUGAAAAGUGACACACAAGAGUGAAUAUGUUGUAUGUUGUUCAAAUUGUUAUUGUGAGUAAACAAUGAGUCAGCCUUGUUUUAAAUUAUAACUUAGUGAUUCAGGUCAUUUUAGUGACCAUAAGAAAUGGAUUAUUCUGUAACCAUUUUCACAUCCUGUUGUACUUACGCCAGGUGGGCAAAAUAAAGGUGCAGAGUACUGA